UCAGUGAGGUAAACUCAACUAGAAGAGGACCAUAUAAUUCACAUCUUAACUGUUCGCUGAGAGGGACUAACUAGUCAUAUAGUUACGGCUCAAGACUCUCUCCCUGUCCUUCACUCCAUCUGCUCACACUGCCAACUUGAACAAGUGUUGAUGAUGCUGGUGGAAACUGUAAUGGCAUGGGUGUCUGGCUACGCCCUGGAGACCAACACCACCAUGCUGGCCUCCGUGUCCUCCCUGGUGUCAGGGCCACGUCUCCGGGACUACUGGCACGAGGCGGGGCACCUGAUGGGUGCUAGCCUGGGCCAAGGGGUACCAUGGACUCUCCUCACCUACUUGGCCCUGGCUUUCCUCUGCUUCCUCGUCUAUAGACUCGCCUUCUCUCCCCUCGACAGGUUCAGGGAUAUGACUGAUGUUGGCUGGGGUUGCCUGGGAGGAGAGGGCAAGGCGUCCCUGGCUGAGAAGAUAAGAGAGGUGCAGAGACUGAGGAAGACUGGCAACCUACCUCCUGUCUACCCCAACGGUUGGUUCGCCGUCAUGGAGUCGAGACAGCUCGCCAGAAGUCAGGUGGUGUCGGUGCAGAUGUUGGGGGAAACACUGGCAGUGUUCAGGGACGAGGGUGGCACUGCCCACGUGACCGAUGCCUACUGCCCUCACAUCGGUGCCAACCUGGCGGUAGGCGGAGUGGUGAAGGGAGACUGUCUGGAGUGUCCCUUCCAUGGUUGGCUUUUCAGGGGUUCGGACGGUGCCUGUGUCCACAUCCCCUACGCUGCCAAAGUGCCGAAGACGGCUGGGGUGAAGCACUGGGAAAACCGGGAAGUGAAUGGCUUCAUCUUCGUGUGGCACGACGCUGAAGGUCGACCCCCGCAGUGGCACCUGCCGGAGGUGGAGAACAUCACCCGCUGCUCCUGGAAGUACCGUGGCCGCACUGUACACCACGUCCUGGCACAUAUACAGGAGAUUCCUGAGAACGGUGCUGACCUGGCUCACCUCGGCCACCUACACGUGCCCAGCAUCUUUAAAGGUUCUGACCUCAGACACAUCUUUGCCAACAGUCAGUUGUUUGACUUCGCCAAGCACUGGUGGAGUGGUGAGUGGCAGGUUCGUGCAGCACCUGAGUCUCACAUCGCUGAUCUCAAAGUCACUCACGCGUUCUCUCUCUUCGACGGCAAGUUCAAGCUCUUCACCAUGGUUGUCAGAGUCGAACAGAUUGGACCCGGCCUAGUACACCUGCAUUUCAACACUGGUUUGGGCUCCGGGUUGCUCAUCCAAACCGUCUCGCCCAUGGAGCCCCUCAGACAGAGAGUCAUCCACCAGUUCUACUCCUCCAGCUCCUUCAUCGCUCCAUAUGCCAAGUUCGUCCUCUUAUCAGAGGCCCGCCAUUUUGAGCGUGAUAUAAUGAUCUGGAACAACAAGCAGUACAUGUCGCAGCCGCUGCUGGUGUCUGAGGACCGCCUGAUCCUCAGGUUUCGUCGCUGGUACAGUCAGUUUUACUCUGAUAAUAGUCCCAAAUUUACAUUCAAGAAGGAAAAUAUGGAAUGGUAAUUUAGUCUGGAAAUAACCCAGUGACGAGGAUAGCUUGGAAUGCAAAUUUAGUAUAAAACAUCCUUCUCGGGUGGAAACUAUAAACUAAAUGUUCAGUUUUGUUGUACGUGUAUAAAGAAUUACUUAAAAAUGAAACUUAAGAUGGAAAUAGACCCAGCAGAAUGAACAAAUUAGAGUUGAAGCACUUUACAAAUUUGAUGCGAAAAUUAUCAAAGUAUUUCCUAAAAUUAUAUUUUUGGUUGGAAACUAGCUAAUCUACUUAAUUCUAAAUAAAAAUUUGAGUGUGCAAAAACUAAACUGGAAUGAAAUGUAGAAUGUAAGCAGAUUCCUCAGGAAGGACAAAUUGGAAUGUUAAUUUAGGAUGUAACCAACCCACCAGAUAAUUCCUAGAGUUACCUAUCAAGAAUAUAUACUAUAUAUAUGUGUGUGUGAGAGAGAGUAUGAGAGGUUAUCUAUUUGUAGUUACAAUAGUAGGUCUGUUCAUGGUGUUCCGUCUUCAAUGUUUAGAUAUCUUAAAAUAUGUUAGUUUCAGGUGGUUGUAUCACACAUUUUUUAUUGGACUCUGUUCUAGUAGUCAGCCAUUCUGUCAAGAAGUAUCUUCUAUCGUCUUUUUUGGCACUGCCUUCAUACUGUACUUUACAAUUAUGGUCUCUUGAGAUUACUAGAACAUCUUCCUUACCUAUUGUCAUGCAUGUUAUUUACAAUUAUGGCCUCUUGUUCUGCCUAUUGAUGGUGCUGGAAUAUCUUUACCUGUUGUCAUGUAUGUUUUAAGCUCAUGCUGUACAUGUAAUUAUCAGGUCAUAUUUUCCUCCCUUGAACAUUUUUAGCUACAUUCAUUAACUACUGUCGUAUAAACCGGUGGAUACAAAUCCCUCCUGCCAUUGAGCGGGUUUUGUUCCUUUUUAUGAAUUUAAUGAUAAUCAGCAUUUCUCAUUUGCACUUUCAGCUAUCUCUUACCUAUGAUUAUUACAUACAGCUCCUUGGAAAGUAAUGACAGCUAUGAUCCAAUUUCAUGGAUCAUGAACUGCUCACCAGCCUCAAUGAAUCUUUAUUGGGGGUCUUAGCCAUAAAUCUUGGCUCUUGCUGCUUCGUAAUAAAUCUUCAUGUUUGUUUGUUUAUUGGCUUUUAUUUUUUACUGUGGACUCCACACUGCUUUUCACCUUGUGUAACAUAUGUUGUGAACAAUUAUUUAUCUUUUGUAGACAACGCAUUAGAUGGCUAUUUUUAAAUUUGCUAUUAUUGUACAGCAUGAUCGUUCCUCAUUAUUUGUUAUUUUCUGCUGAUAUUCUGUUAUUCAUGAUUACAGUACCUCCAGAUCCCUAUCUUUGUCUGAGGUUUUCAGUGUUUUAUGAGUUUGUAUUAAUUGUUUGGCUUGUUAGUGCUUUUCUUUCAUUUUCAUUGUAUGACUUGAGAUUUAUCUGUUAAUUUUAUUAUCUGCAUUAAUUGUGCUUUAUUAUUGUGUAUAGGUUAUUUAGAACUUGCAAUCUGUAGUUUAAAAACAUAAUCUAGGCAAGUACUUCUCCUUGUGGGACCCCUCAAUGAUAAUGUUUGCCCAUGAAGACCAUUUUUUUUCCUCUUUGUGGUUCACCUCUUUGAGAUAAAUAGCAUCUUUUCCACUGCAGCAGAGUACCUUGUAUUUAUUCUCUGUUAUGUCGUUUUCAGACUGGUCUUUCAUGGGAAAUUAUCUAAAGCUUUUUUUUUUUUGAGGACAAGUAAAUGCAGUAUGUCCAUCCAUUUCUUUUAUAUGUAAUUUCUGUGACUAUAUGAGCUAAAUAACUGUUUUUAUAGGAUUUUGCUCAGCUGAACUCGACCUGACAGUAGUUUUUUGUUUUUUAGAUAGAUUCACUUCUCUCUUGAUAGCUUUUUCUAGGAUUUACAACACACAUCAGACACAGGCGUUUAAUAAUCAGCACAGUAGUUGCUGUUUUCAAGGUUUCUAUCGGCUUACCUUCUUGUAAGGAAGUUCUUGAAGAAUGUUGCAUAUGCCAGUGGACUCCAUGGCAGUAAACUGUCUGAGGAAAGUCCACAGUGCUUAUGGUUUCUUCUGUAAAUGCACUCUGGAAUUUCAUAAAUAUCAUUUCACACGAUUUAUUUAAUUAAGCAAUUUUUUGUCUUUUGGUAUUUUAUCUUUCACAUUAAGUAGUUUUUACAAACUUGAAUAGAAGUGAUUCAGAGUUGUUUGUUAUUCCUUCUUUGUAAAGUUUUAACUAUUUUCUCCCUUCUAGCUAAUUUCUGGCUUGUGUAAAUAUCUUGCUGUUUUUGGGUAGGCUGUUUUUGUAUUGGCUGCUGCACCUGCUAUUGUUUAGCCUUUUUUUGUGGAAUGAAUUUAGACUCCAUUUUCAUAUACAGAACUUUUCAUAAAUAUUUCGUUUAAUUAAGUUUUCAGAAAUAGUCUUGAAUAAUAAUAACAUAAUUUUAUGUGCUAAAUUUAUAUGGGUCAUAUAGUGCGAUAUCUUGGAUAAGCAUAAUAUUUUUUUUUUUUUGGGGGGGGGGGGGGGCUUCUGUGAUUCAGUCUUGUUUUUCGUUUUUUCGCUCUUCCCAAUUAUUUUUACACUUAUGUGGAAACCUUUAACCCGUAAUGAUCAUACGGUGCCUGGGAGUGGGAUGUGAUGAAAUCAAGCUUGAUCCAAGGAAGUGAAGAGUAGCUCCAGUUUCAUGGAUCAAGAACCCUUCACCUCCCUGGAAGUCUCUCUUCCAGAAGUCAUACCUCGCAUCAUAUUAUCUUUAAUAGAACAUGAACACUUUUAUCAUGUUCAAAUAAUUUAUUUAGAAGAAUCCUUCAUUGUUUUCCAGUAAACAUUGUGUUUACACCUCUCACUCCGGUUGCCUCUUUGAUAUGCUGAACCUUAUGUUCAGAAAUUUUGUUCAUUUGUUUUCCUCUUUACUUUCAUGUAGUACUUUGUCUUGUUUGCAUUAAAACAAUUUAUUACAAUGAUUUUAUUUUUUUUAUCAGUGUUCAGUAAUUUAUUUUGUGUGAUAAGUAGUCUAUGUAUCAUAUUAAAGUCUUUUUGUGUUUAGUGCUUUUUUUGAGAUUGUGUUAUGCAGCUUCUUUUCUCUAAUAUUUCUAAUCCACCACCAUUCCAACUGUUACUUUUCUUUAUUAUGCUGCCUCAUUUAAUCCAUUUUUUCUGUUUUGUUUGUUACACGAUACAUAGAUAAAGAGUAAGGUGAUGAGGGUAUCAAACGAGUUAAGUAAUGAAAAAUUGGAUUUCAGAUUGGAGGGAGUAUGGAAGAAUUGAAUGUGUUUAGAUAUUUGGGAGUGGACGUGUCGAUGGAUGGGCAUAUUAAGGAAGAGGUAACCCAUAGAAUAGAAGGAAAAAAGGUGGAUGGUGCAUUGAGGUAUCUGGAGACAAAGAAUGUUAUCCAUGGGGGCAAAGAAGGGAAUGUAUAAGAGUAUAGUGGUACCAACACACUUAUAUAGGUGUGAAGCAUGGGUUGUGAAAGCUGCAGCGAGGAGGCUGGAGGCAGUGCAGAUGUUUUUAAAGGCAAUGUGUGGCGUAAAUAUUAUGCAGUGCAGAAUUACUAAAGGUAUUAUUACGAGGGUAUAUUCAUUCAUUCAUUAGAGGUUUGCCGGUACUUCCGGCCCGGGUCUUCUCCAUAUGGUGACCCGGCCACGAGGGUAUAUAAAUCUGUAGUAAAGGCGGAGUAGAGGUCGUCCUAGGAAAGGAUGGAGGGAGGAGAUAAGGAAGUUUUGUGUGCAAGAGACUUUGAUAUACAGCAGGCAUGUGUGAGCGUGUUAGGAGUGGAGACAAAUAGUUUUUGGAACUUAACUAGCUGUUGGAAUGUGAGCAAGGUAAUAUUUUAUGAAGGGAUUUCAGGAAACCACAAGCUUGAUUCGAGUCCUGGAGGUAAGAAGUACAGUGCCUGCACUCUAAAGGAAGGGUUUGGGAUAUUUGCUGUUUGGAAUGACAUCUGAACCGUCGUAUCUGCACGCCUCUGCAAAGACAGUGAUUGUGUGAUAAUGAUGGUGCAUGUCUGUUUCAAUUUUGGGUCGCCCUGCCUCGGUGGGAGACGGCAAGCGUGUUGAAAAAAUGUAUAUAUACUGUGUAUGUAAGCAUUGCAUAGUCAUGCAAUUCAGCUUUCGUAGGGCUUGAUAAAGAUUUUAAUAGGUCGAAACUUUUUUCCCUAUAAAAAUCUCUCGGCAAACAUUUCUUUUCCCCAAGCAGCCGAUGUCGUAUAGUGCUACUGUUGGGGAUGUAGUCAUCGUUCCACGAGAGAGCAACCUCUGGCUUAACUCUUAAAUUCAGAGGUCCGAGUGACUUUUUCUUUAACCAAAUUUGAUUAUUUUAAACUUUCAGCUACUUCAGUUUCCCUAAGAUACUUUUUUUAAUUAUGUUUAGUUAGCACACUGGUUAUAUUUGAUCUCUUCUUUUUGUGUGCGUUCGUCUAGUUUUGAUUGGAAGGGUCGAUUUUUCUUUGCAGCUUUUUCAAUGGCGUGCGAAUAUCCCCUCUUAUUUAUUCUUAAAACUGCAUGUAAUCUGUCCCCACCCCUUCAUCAGGUUCGCUUAAUUAACUUGCUUAGUGGCACUUCCCUGUGUGGUGUGUGUAUGUGUGUACUCGCCUGUAUGUGGUUGCAGGGGUCGAUCCACAGCUCCUGGUGUGUGUGUGUGGGCAUGUGUGUGUGUGUGUGUGUGUGUGUGUGUGUGUGUGUGUGUGUGUGUGUGUGUGUGUGUGUGUGUGUGUGUGUGUGUGUGUGUGUGUGUGUGUGUGUGUAUUCAUCCAAAUUGGCUGACAUUGACCUAAAAUUUAAGUUUUUCUGUGAAUAGAAAUUUAAGUUUGCUAGUUGUGGAAUGUCGAUAUUUUUGUCUUGACAAAAGAAUAUGGAAACGUAGGUGUGGACGUUAUCUCUGGCAGCCAGUGUAGAAUCUCAGCUACGUGUUUGUGUCGAGUACUAGCGUUUUCAAUUCAUUCUUAAUCUAUAAUAAUAAUAAUAAUAAUAAUAAUUAUUAUUAAAAUUAUGCUCUAAACCCGAGAUUGUCUUUUAAACUUAUAGAACAUGAAUUUAUACAAGAAUACAAUAAGAUAUUAAUGCUUAAAAAAUAUGCUGAAGCAAUACUUGAUAAACACUUGUAUGUUGUUUUUGCUCAAUAGUAGUAAGAAAAUUUUAACAAAGAGUAUUUUUUGUCAGUUAAUAGUAAAGUAUAUUUGUGGUACUAGACGCCUCUUGAUGCAGGUGAGGGGCUUUUGAUGCAAGGAAUCGGACCUGGUCCUCCAAGUCCUUGGACCGAACCAGAUUGCCUCCCAUGCCCCCAAGCGCAGUAUGACCUUCACAGGUCGAGCGCCUCCCUGUAAAUAUAAUGUGGUACCAGAGAAAUACCCAUUUGGGUUUUAUUAUUUCAAAUUAAAUAUGUUUGAUGUAUACUGUGAAGAAUGAUUGUCACUUUCUUUUAAUUUUUACUAAAAAUUUUCAACUUUAGAAUUAUCGUUAGUAAGUAAACUAUGUAGGACAUAUCUGACUAUGCAAGUUAUAAUUUUAUGUAAUCAAUUUUUAUGAAUAAUGGACACAGAAGGGUCAGUCUUGCUAGAUAAAAGUUUACGGUUGUGCAGAUUUCUUUAAUCAAUGCUUUUAGUACAUGGAAGGGAUUAUGCCACUAGGAUUGCUAGUAAGAACUACACUAAAUCUCCUGACAAUGUUGCUAGAAUUACCGACAAUGAUGUUAGGUAAAAGGACAAGUGCAACUAAUGCGAAAUUUUAUUGUGGCAACGUUUCGGUCUCCAAGGAGCUUUGUCAAACCGUUAAUGCUUGACAUUAUAAUCAGAAAAGAAGUGCUAAACCUACAAGGGUCAUACAGCGCCGCCGGGCAGGGAAGGAUGCAGGGAUGUUGGGUAGCAAGAGGGAGAGGGAUGAUUAUUAGGCCAUGGAGUGCAACGGGGCAGUGGAUAGUACAGAGGUAGAGGGUAUAAAGAGAUUGAGGCAGAAAGGGCUGUGAGGAGUACUAGAGGAAUCUUCAUCAUCCGAGUUUGUACAGUAAAUCAGUUGCUGUCAAAAAGUCAAUGAGAGAGUCUGGGUUAAAGAAGAGUCCAUCAGCAAGAAAGGAAGGUAAAAUAAGGGCAGUAGAGCGGUGACGACUUUGGAGGUUAUGCUUGACAAAGCUCCUGGAGAAAGAAACGUUGCCACAAUAAAAUGUCGCAUUAGUUGCACCUGUGUCCUUCCCUUUAUCUAACAUACACUAAUCUCCAUACUGAUCCCUUCAAAGGAAAUACCUUGAUGUUCGUAAGGGGUUCUUGAUUCAGGGAAUUUCUCUACCCUUUAGAUCGCCUAAUCCCCAGGUGCUCUGUUCUGUAACAAUGUUAGGUUCGUCAGGAAACAGGACAAGUGUUUCCUGGCGCAGGUCUUUAGUCAUAUUAUGACCCGCCACUGGAGUUUUUGGUAAUCAGGCAAAGGCCUUCCACAGGCUUACCGGUCCACCACUUUAAAAAAUUGAAAUUAGUUACUAGUACAUAUUACGUGAUUAAUUAUAAUCAUCAAGACAAAGCUUAAUCUUUCGAAGACUCCGUUUCUGCGAGGUUUAGCCAACCUCCCCCCCCCUUUCCCUCCCGGCCGUUGAAGAAUGAAAUGGCACAGUACCGUGACCUGGAACAAUGCACAAAUAUCCAGCACGUAGGAGAAUGAAACUUAUGACGAUGAUUCAAUCCGACUUGGAUCAUUAACUAACCGCACAAGUGCAGAGGGAAGGGAGCCGGUAUAAGAGAGAGGGGCGGGGUAGAAGUAUAAUUUGGUAGUAGUAGUGGUAUAAGUAGUGCAACAGUGGCAGAGGUGGCAAUAAGAAGGGAUUAGUGGUAGUGAAACAAGUUAGAGCGGAAUGUUAGCAACGCAGUCGUAGUAGUGGAGGUAGUCUAACAACAAAAAAAGGGGGUGAGCACUGCACGAGAGCUAAUGGCCCACGAGGGUGGGACAAAAAAUCCAGGGGAAAUAGGUCAUGAGACAGAACCCAAGGAGAAGAGGUCAGGUGAGAAGAUAAAGAUCAGGUCAAAUCUGAUAACCCAGAGCGUAUGUUGGAGUAAUGUAUAAAACAAAACAUUAAAAUCUAAUAGUGCAAUAUCUUCUGCUGUAAAGCACAGAACGAAUUUUGUAGUGUAGCUAUAACGGUAAUCUUAAGGAUGACAGUAACUUUUAAGAUGUAUCGGCUUGCAGAAACGUAAAGGCCAUAUUAUCUCGUUUCUGACUGUCCUGUAUACUCUCAUCCCUACUAGUGAAAGGUCAAAGUAUACUUCAGAUACAUAUACCCUUUAUUGGAAUAUUGUCAUUAUUUACACUUAUUGGUCACCUAGGGAAGUACACAGCCUGUGAGUCAACUCCCGCAUACACCCGACAUGAAACUUAUUUUCAGGGGAUGGGAAAAAGUGUGCUUGAUACUGAAGAAAACUGUAGCACCUGGGUAAUGAGAGGCAAUCGGGAGAUCAAGAGCGAUUCACUAGCAUCAAGGUACCUCCAUUUGAAUGAAAAUUGUAUCAAACUAGCCAUUAACAGUUUUGUUAAAUACAACCAGAGUGGCACUAUCUGCUCCAGCUUAAUUAAUUUUAGGACAUAUUAAAAAUAUGCGCUAAACCCGUAUGGGUCAUACAGCGCCAUAUAUUUUUUUUAAUGAGACUUAGUACGGGCACUUCAGACUGCUGUCAUUGUUCACUUAAAGGCACAAAAUAAUUGAUAAACAGUGACUUAUGUGCAUAUGUUUCCUUGUAAUUUUAGAGUUGCUGUCAUUGACCCAAAAUAAGCCAUGUAUCUAGUUCACUUAAGUUUGGGAAGAAACUGAGAGCUUAAAGCUGAGCUUGUAGUAUUUUCUUUAUUAUUAAUACCAGUGAAACCAAUACUGUAGACAAAAAUAUGUAAGUCUUAGCAAAUUUUUAACCAGAAAUAGUGUUAGAAUAUAUAAUUCAACUACAGAAUGUUUGCCUUUUUUUCCUACUUAUACAUGUAUGUAUGUAUGUAUAAUGUCAAUACACUACGCAGAAACAAGCUGAAGUAUGUGAUGAAUGGUUUGAAAACCCGACAAGUUGAAGAUUGAGACACUUAUGCAGCAUAUGGGAAUCUUUAUUCAGGAAACGUUUCGCCACACAGUGGCUUCAUGAGUCCAAUACAAAGAGGAAGGCGUAAGGAGAGGAGGAGAAUGAGGUAAUCAGUCCCUCAACCUGGAGUCGAUGUGUUCAGUCCAUCAAUCUUGUAGAAUGUACAGCAUAGGGCCGUAGACGUGGCUUAUAUACUGUAGUGAGGUGAGGUGAAGCAGGCGGAGGCGGGGUCAUAGUGGUACCAUCCACUAGUCGAAGUAGGUCUUCGUCCAAAGGUUGAACAAGUGUUGAAGAAUUCUUUGUAACAAGAUCCCAUGAUGCUGCCACUGUGUGGCGAAACGUUUCCUGAAUAAAGAUUCCCAUAUGCUGCAUAAGUGUCUCAAUCUUCAACUUGUCGGUUUUUCAAACCAUUCAUCACAACUGUCAGACACUGCAGCAUCAUGGGAUCUUGUUACAAAGAAUUCUUCAACUCU